AUACUUCCAUAUAUAACAAGCUCACCUCAACACGAGGGUGGAAGAGCAUUAAUUGAGGCAUCCUAUUCAGAUGACCAUGGACCGAUCACAACCGAGCUCCGACUCACCGACGCGAGAGCCGAAAUCCCCUGUGGUUCUCUCCAUCGAGUGCCUCAAGGGAACCUCCAAAGCCGACGAGUGGACCGACGACAUGCUCCAGACCGGAGACAUAGUCGAGGAGCUACGUAUCGGCACCUCCGUCACCGUCAAGUCGCCGUUCAAGAACGGCAGGAGCGGCGUCCAGAAGAUUCUCCACGCUUCCUUCAAGGCCAAGGACACGUCCAUCCAGGUCAGAGUCCGCCGCGGCCGGGACGACUUCACGGAGUUGCAGGCUUGUAUCGUACCCAACGACUCCGCCGGGAAAAGGGUGUACAUGCUCCGGUCCAUUUCCGAUCCCAACUACGCCGUCGGGUUCUGCGAUCGCACCGAAGCCGACUGCUUUGAACUACAAGCUUCAAGGAACGACCGGAUGGUUAGUGCAUUAACCAGGACGAAGCUUCAAGAUGGAUAUGUUGCAUAUCCUUGGGAAAGAAGGAUGCAGGAGUUGCUACCAAUUCCCUAUUCUAGCAGCUUCCUUUCAGUACUCUUCCUUCCCAAGGCUUCAGAUCGCGCAGCUUCUCGCUACAAUGACUUGGAUGACACCCUUGCUAGGGCAAAUGCCUGGCUCAAUGCCUCCCAGGCCUCUGGCGUCCCCGUCGUCUUCAUGAACAUCCAAACCGAGUCCCUUCUUACCAAGAUUUCCGGAGAGACAGCUUCUUCAACUGUAAAUGCAGGGUCAUUAUCCGAUUUGGCAAAUCUUGCAAGUGCAAGCUUGUAUGGUUUUGAAGAUUACCAUGGGGUUGACAUUGGUGUAGUCCGAGCUGUUCGCCUGUGGUAUGCUCCUCUUGGUCCAGAAAUUCCAAUUGAAAUCAAAUUGCAAGAAGGAGACGUCAAACUUGGUUUCGCCAUUAGCCGCACAGAAGAGGGGUUUAUAUACGUUUCAUCAGUGGCUGAUGGUGAUGAAAAUGCACCUUCAAGCCGAUCGGGGUUGAGCAAUCUGUACAAAGAAGCAGUGCAGGCGUCAAGGCUGCUGGUGGUGUCAAGGGUCUCGAACCAAAAGGUGCUCCCUUGGAUGGUUUCUUCAACAGGAGCAAUUAGAUGCUACGAUACUGUUUCACUUAGCCAGAAGCUGUCGCUGCACCGUCACGCCAAGAUUCCGGUGCCGAUUCACGUUUUUCUCUGGGAUAGAACUGUGUUUCCUUCAAACACAAACCAAACAAGGAGGGGUGCCUCUCCAUCAACUAUACCAUUACCGCUACCGCCUGAAGUUCAAUUGUCUCGUCAGCCUAGCGGGAACCAAAUACAACCUCUACAGUUAGAACUUGAUGAAGAAAGGUUAUCAGAGAGGCUUGAGAGAGAUACAGCUGGGGAGUCCUCUUUUAGAUUUCAUGAUUUUGCACUUUCUAGCAAUUGGGUAUGAUUAUGAUCAAUAUAUUUUGGUUCUUAAUUUUGUGAAGUAUCAUGGUAUGUUCUUUCUAUGAUUAAUCAUGCACAUUAGUCCUGCAUCUAGGCAUAAUUGGUUACAUGCAUCGACCUGAUUAGAAAUAUAGAUUGAUGGAGUGCUAGAACUUUAUGUUGACAAAACAGGACUUCAAAACCAAGCAUAUACAGAAGUGAUCAGUCAAUUAUCUUUGUGUGUACGUAUGUAAGAACUCUGUAAAAGAACUCUGUCAAUGAGCCGUGGCUUGGUUGGUUAAGGUGUUUAACUGACAACUUUGAGGUCAUUAGUUCAAACCUCAUUGACGUAUGUAGGGUGUGUGAAUUAUUAAUAAAAAGUUUAAAAAAAAAGAAAAAAAAGAACUCUGUGAAA